AUGGAAGAUAAAUUUGAACAGCUUGUUGCUGCACUUACAGUAUCUUCACCAUCGACGAAUGUUCUUCAUCAAAUCAUCCUUCUUCUCGAACAACAAACUUCGGAGUCAUUAACACCAUUUGUUUCACAAUCAUUUCAAUCAUUACUCACGCUCGAACAAUGGACAUGGCAAGUGCUUAGUAAAGAUUCUCAUCAAUGCAUCGGUGAACCCAAUUAUUCCGAAUUCUUUCAUACUCUUGCAUCAUUCAAUAAGACAUUGAUUCUCCAAUAUGACGGCAUUGAAGCUGAUACAAAAGCAAGUCUUCUUAUUCCAGAUGGCAUUCAUCCCAUAGAUGAUAUCUUUGGACUAAUUGAAAAAAGUGACGAUGAAAACGAUUCAUUUCUGAUCAUAGUCAGUCUUUGGUUCGAGAAUCUCGUCUAUUUCUUACAUGAAUAUCCUCAAUUUGAAAUUUCACCUUUGAUUGCCCACAUUAAUCAAUAUAUGGCAAGUCGCAUUCUUAUGACCGAUCAAUACAAAUUCUAUUUAAGCCAACUUCGACAAGCACAACUACCACAGUCAAUUUUUACCGCCAAGCAACAAUUCUAUAUAAAUACAUGUUCGUUUUCUUUAGGUUCCUAUUUAUUGAGGAAACCUGAAACAUUUACUUAUACGCCCAAUGAAAUGCUUCAUCAUAUCUGUGAUGGAUUUUCAGAAAUAAUUUUUGUUCAUAGUGAGAAUGUUGAAUCAUGGAGUAAAGAAUUCGUUACUUGUAUUGCACGCCUUCUUGUUUUAGUAUCUGGAUGCUGUUUGUGGGCUAGAGAGAAAAGGUUGCAUGUGGAUAUACUUUUCCCUACAGAACAGAUAAUCUGCAAGUAUAUAGAUGCACUUAUUCAUAUUAUUGGUCAGAAACAAUUUCUUGGUCUUAUCACUGCUCAACGAUCAAAUGAUGAAACGAUUCUUGUGGAUAUAAGUUUACUUUUUUUAAUGCAUAUCGCUCAAUCGCAAAAUUUAAACUCGUUCUUUCGUUCGAAAACAUCAUUACCAGAUAUACUUUUGACAAUUGCAGAAACGUCCGCAUGA